AUGCUUUCACAAUCGAUCAUCGCUGUCCUUCUAUUGGCUUCAUCCCCCGCAGUUUUUGGUGAAAAGGUUACCGCUCCUGCCAACAUCCCAGAGUGUUCAACUAAAUGUAUGACCAUCAAGCUCACUGAGGCUGCUACCUGGUUCGGCCCUGGCGAUUUGGCUUCAUACUGCACAAACCGCUCUCUGAUUUCAUACUCCGUCUGGUCUCAGAAACCCCAAUUUUUGGUCGCCUAUAACAAAUGUCUCAUGGACCACUGUAAAGGUGAAGACCUUACCUUGGGUCGACAAGCUGGCGCUGCCGCCUGUGGUACUGGCCUCGACGCUCUCAACGCGACCAUUCCCGCCACCGGCGCUAACAACUCUACUGUUAACUCGACUGGUCACGGCCUCAACACCUCAACGUCUCUCAACACUACCAUUGGUGGCCUCAACAGCUCUGCUUCUACCAGUCUAAAUGGCUCUCUUCUUUCACCACCCAUCGGUGGCUCCCUUACAGGUUCACACAACGGGUCUCUCAACGGAAGCUCUUUGAACCCUAUCAGCUCGACCGUUAACUCAACCUCACGAUUCCAUUCCAGCAGCAAUACUUAUUGGCCCUCCCUUUGUAUGUCUGCAGGCUCAAACUGA